AUGAUUCAUGAAGCUCGGAUGACCGGCACAGAAGACAGCACAACGGUUUCGUUUUUCUCUCAACGGGUUCUGCCGGGGAGAAUAGGACAUGGAGUGAAUGAGGAGGAUUGGAGCGUGAGCAACACCACUCCUCAUCCAGACAUUGUUGUCUGGGCUAAGGGUCUGCUUCACGAGCGGCUGGAGGCGGUGUGUGCGGGAUACGCGCUGCACCAGCUCCUAUCGUCCAAGCUCUCCCCCGCCGAGCCUAGUAACUUCGCACAAGAAUCACAACAACUGCAACAAGCGCCGUUACGGCUGGCCGUGUUGUGGCUGCCAGAUGCAGGCAUGCCGCACGCCACACUCAACCACGUGCUGGGGCCUCUGCCUCGCCCCAGCGCGCUCUCCUCUCCGCAAGGCUCUCAGCAGCAAAACGAUGGGCAGCAGCAGCAGCAGCAGCAGCAGCAGCAGCAGCAGCAGGGGUCCGCAGCAGCAGACGGGUCGUCCUCCAGUGCAUCUGACCCGUCUGAUGAGACUCUGGUGCUGCUGCAUCACCCCAGUUGGCUCAACUCGCCGCUCUACACCUAUGGGACCCUCAACUCGAAGAUCCCUCAACCAAUAUCCCAAGAGCAGUUGCAGCAGCAGCAAGAGCAACAGCCUCUGGAAGCAGCGGAGCUAUUCGCCCUCUCAUCCGCGCAGGGGCUCAUUCACCUGCAGCACUCCCCCCAGGCGGACCUCAUCCGCGCGCAGGCCUCCGCCAGGGGCAGCUCCCCCCGCAUGCGCGAUGUGCUAGUGGCGCCAGAGAGCUUCCCCCGGGGUGAAACGCCACCAGGGAUAGGGGGGGAUAGGGGGAGUGGCGGGAAGGUGGGAGGCGAGGGGAGGGAGUUUGAGGAGGAGAGGGGGUUGUGCGAUGCGCCGAAGAUACUGCCUGUGACAGAGCACCGCAUUGGAAGGCAACUCAUUGUGGAUGGUACGUCCACUAUGGGUCCAGUCCGGCUGAGGGAGCACUCUUCAGGUGACCUAACCUGCUGCCCCACCACCCCUCCUUGCUCCCAUUCCCGCGUUUUCCUCCCCCCACCAGAGGACGUGGGCAUGGUAUACUGUUACGUGCAGAAGGCGGGGUGCACCAGCUGGAAGUUCUGGCUGCGGGAGCAGCACCACCACCCCUUCCCCAAGUCCUUCCUCUCCGCCCACACCGCCCACUUCACCAACAGAGUUGAGAGUAUCUUUGAGGAAAACAAGUCUAUCGUGGGAGACACUACUACUACUACCAACGCUAACGGCCAUGCUGGGAACAUUAACGGCUGUGCUGGCAACACUAACGGCCAAGAUGACAACAUUAAAGGCUGUGCUGACAACACUAACGUCCAUGCUGGCAACAUCAACGGCUGUGCUGACGACACUACUAACUGUCAUGCUGGCACUAACGGCCAUUCUGGCAACACCAACGGCCAUGCUGACAACACUAACGGUCAUGCUGACUCUGCUGUGCUGGAAGGAGCCUAUGGAGGAGCGACUGUAAAUGGAUUGCAGACGGGCGCUAUCCGCCUGCUCAUUCCACCUGCAGUGGCCCUGCUGCCUGGCUGUCUUGAGCCGAAUCAGGGUGGUUCUGUUGCGGGCCAAGGGUUGGUGACGCGGCAAGGCUUGAUGGUGGGUGGAGAGAUUGACGGGAAUAUGCAUGGGCGAGAGAGCAGCUGCAGCUGUGACGAGCCUGCGGAGCUGCAGCAGGUGGAAGGCGGAGCAACAGCAGCAGCAGGGACGAAUGGUGGGGGUGGAUAUGGCUUGGGUAGAGCAGACACGGUGGGUGGAGGAAGGGGAGGGAGUGGAGGAGGAGGGAGUGGAGGUGGAGGUGGAGGAGGGGGAGAGAUAGGAAGAGAUGGUGCGACUUCACUUGGUUGCGGUGGGGAGGCAGACGAUCAGAGGGUGCUGGCUCAGCCGCCGCUCCAUAUUCUGCAGUCCGUGCGGCCCGAGCCUCUCAACGGCUACAGCGAGCACGGCCAAGAGGGGUCGGCUGGCGGUAUGGCACCUGUGAUCCACGGCAUGCUGCUGGCGCAUCCAACGGCUGAGAAGCCUCAGGAGCUGGAGUGGGACGAUCUGAUCGGUCGGAUCGAGGCGGAGAUUGAGAAGCCCCAGGCGAGCUCGUGUGUGGAUGGCGAUUCGUCUUCGAUCGCGAGGCAGGACAGCCAGAUAGUGAAAAGCAGUGAGGGAGCCAUCUCUCCCAACGAUGCUGGGGCUCCCAAACGUGAGGCAGGCAAGGGCAAGGCGAGGCGGGUGGUGCAGAGGAAGCGGCCGGCUAACAGCACGUCCAAGUUCAGAGGGGUGACUCACCACUGCCGCACUGGGCGGUGGGAGGCGCACAUCUGGGAGGAGGGGCGGCAAGUGUAUCUGGGAGGAUUUGAUUCUGAAAAACAGGCAGCGCUGAUGUACGACAUAGCAGCACUCAAGAUGAGGGGCGAGGACGCACAGACAAACCUCCCUCCUGAGGAGUAUACCAAAUACACCAAGGAGAUAGAGGCCGUCCCCAAGGAGGAGCUGAUUCUGCUGCUGCGGUGCCAAAGACAGGUGGAGGAAGAAGUCACGUAUCCUCCUGUCCCUCCACCCCCCGUACCCCUCACCUCCUGCUGUGCCAGAGGCCGUUCCCAAGGAGGAGCUCAUUCUGCUGCUGCGGUGCCAAAGACAGAGGCUGUCCCCAAGGAGGAGCUCAUUCUGCUGCUGCGGCGCCACAGCAAGGGCUUUGCUCGAGGCACUUCCAAGUACCGAGGGGUGACCAAACACCAAAAGGGUCGGUGGGAGGCGAGGAUAGGGCACGUGGAGGGCAAGCGAUACGACUACCUGGGGUUGUUUGACACGCAGGAGCAAGCUGCUAUGGCGUAUGACAGGGCUGCUGUGAGGCAGAGGGGCCAGCAGGCAGUUACCAACUUUGAUCUGGCCAUGUACGCGGAUGACAUUCGUGAGUUCAACCUCAUGGCACAGCGCCUGCAGCAGCAGAGGGCGAUGCAAGCUCACUCCACCGUUCUGCACCACACUACCAGCGCUUUUGAGCCGAGGGUUUUCGACGCACCGCAACACACUACGAGCGCCUUUGAGCCGAGGAUCUUCGACGCGCCGCAACACGCAAGCAGUGGCAUUGAGCCGAGGAGCAGCGGGGUGGAGCAGCACAGGAGGAUUCCGCAGUUCCACCACCUCCCCUGGUCAGGUGUCUUGUCAGGUGACUGGUCAGGUAGUGUCCUUCUGUCUCCCAGUAACCCUCCUCCUGCCGCCAAGAGUAACCUUACUGCUGCCACCAACACGCCAGUACCUGCCGCUUCCAAUGCUUUUCACGGCAUCAGCAGCAGUGGAAGCGGAAGUUUCCUGGCAGCUGCUGAUGUCAGCUGCUCGUCCUGGUUGGCUGGCGUUGCUCCUCCUCUGCAGCUGCCAGCCAAUCCGUACCUGCCACGUCACCUGAGCAUGCAGCCACAGGUGGGCUUGCAGCAACACCUCAGCUUGCAGCGGCAGCUGAGCUUACAGCAGCAUCAGUGGCAGCAGCAGCAGCAGAACACGCAUCAAACUAUGCUGUUCACUGGAACAGGAGGGGAUGGGAUGUUGUCAGGUGGAAUGGGAAUGGACAGAAAGUGGAGUGAAGGAAUGGCUGGAGUUGACCUCUCAGGGUUCACAGGCCGUGGUGGCUUCGCUUCUGCUGGACUUUCAACGUUCACACCACCUGUUUCCAGCCUCACAGCACCUGCAGGGCUGAUAGCACCUGGUGGUAUGGCAGGAGAAGUUGGAGGGAUGGCAGUAGGUGCUCUGCGUGGGCUGUCAUGUCCCUCACAGGUUCUUGUGGCAUCAGCAGCAGCAGCACCAGCAGUACCAGCAGCAGCAGCAGGAGCAGCUGUAGCAGCACCAGCACCAGCAGCAACGGCAGCUGCUAUGACUGCACCAGCUUCCACAGCUGUUGUUUCUGCUCCCACCGAUCCCAUUUCUGCCCCUCAUCCUUUUUCUCCUGCUCCUGCUACUCCUGUUCCCCCUGCUGUUCCUACUGCUCCUGCCACUCCUGCUGCUCCUACCGCUCCUGCUUCAUCCCCCCCUCAGUCUGCGUCCCCUGAUGCACCUGCUGCUGUGGCGUUGGCACAUGGGGAGGGCAAGGACUGGUGGAUGGGGCAUAACAACAGCAACGGCAGAUCUGCAGCUUCCCCUUUAGGUUCAUCUCCGUUAGUAGCAUCUCCUUUACAAGGAUCUCCGCUAGGAUCCCCGACUACUGCAGUGCAGGCUGAUGUUGCUGCUUCCGAUGCUGCUGCUGCUGUGGCUGAGUCACAGAGCCAAGCUGUGAAUGACUGUGAGGGCAAUGGGAAGCACCAUGCUGAUUCCCAUGCUGCAGACGGGCGUGCUACAAACGGAUGUGCUACAAACGGAUUUGCGACAAACGGGUGUACCCAUACAGGCAACAGCAAAGGGCAGCAGCAGAGGGUGGACUCACUAGACUCAGCAGAAGUGAAGCACAUUUACGGAGCCAUCACCCCUCUCUUUCAGGGAAACACUGCCGCCCCUUUCCCUCCCGGGACAAUCUUCCCUCUUCAUCCCCAUCAUAGUUCUGACAUCUCCUCCCACAUGCCUGGGCCCUCGCCCUUCCCAGACCAUUCUCACCCUUCCGAGCCUGGGUUUGUCCGCUCCCAGUCCUCCCUCCUCCCCCCACACAGUCACCCGAAUGCCCUCUCGCGCGGCCUUUCUCUCUGCGAUAAGCAGUCGGCGUCAGCUGUUCACCACGCCCUGCUGGACCUCUUUGAUCUGAACAACGACUUAUCAAGGCGAGACCAUGGCUUAUCACGGCCCGAGCACCACUUAUCGCAGCCGCAGCAGGAGCUAGCAAGGGCAGGGAAGAACCUUUCACAGCCAGAGGAGGGUUCCGGUGGUAUCAUGGAGAAUUGUCAACAAACCGCUCCUCCCCAUUCUCCCCCUCUCAUUCCUCCCUUCCCUCCUCCUGGAUCAUCAUCGCGACUUGAGCGAUCCAGUAAAGUGAGCCUGGAGCUGCUGCUGCAGGAGAAGGUGUGA